UUUUCCGCUCGAGGCACCUUAAUUGGUAAUGAUGGACUUGAUUUUCAUUUGUUUUUUUUUCUUCAAGAAAUGUUUGACAUUUCAUAACCUUUCAACUUUUGGUUACGUUUCUUAUUAUAAAUUAUGACACAAACUUUGUUAAACCAAAAUUUUUGUUAUGUUAUACCUAAUUUUCGUUAUAUUGUACGCGGUUUUUUUUGUAAAUACUUUAUCAUAAAAUAUGAAAACAGAAACGGAUAUUUGACACAUUCAAUUCUGCAAAUUUGAUCAAGUUUGUAAUAAAAAUUACAAAAUAAACUUCGUUUGUUAAGAAAAUUCACAUAUGGCUUUGAAAUUAAGUCCACAAAGUUCGGAGAUAAAUGCACUUGCAGAACGAGGAUAUUACAUUGGGAAAAAAAUUGGGCAGGGUUCAUAUGCAACUGUAUACUUUGCUGAAUAUUUCGAUGGAAAUAAUUCAAAAAAAAUGAGGCUUGCAUGUAAAGUUUUCGAUGAAGAAAAAGCUCCACCAGAUUUUAUUAAUAAAUUUUUUCCGCGUGAACUUGAAAUACUUACAAAAAUUGAAAAUCCAUAUAUUAUACAAGUUCAUAGCAUUUUACAACGUGGUCCUCGAGUUUUCAUUUUCAUGCGUUAUGCUGAUAAUGGAGAUCUAUUAGAGUAUACAAAUCGAAAUGGAAUUAUUUCUGAACAACAAUCGAGAGUAUGGUUUCGGCAAAUGGUUUUAGGUCUUUAUUAUCUUCAUGGAAAAAAUAUUGCUCAUCGUGAUCUGAAAUGUGAAAAUAUUCUGCUAUCACGUACAUUUACUGUUAAAUUGGCUGAUUUUGGUUUUGCUCGAUUUUGUGUGGACCGUGACAAUCGAAGAGUACUUAGUACUACGUAUUGUGGUUCUGCAGCUUAUGCUGCCCCGGAAGUAGUAUCCGGCACUCCGUAUAAUCCUAAGCUUGCUGACGUUUGGUCCUUAGGGAUAAUUCUUUACAUAAUGUUAAAUGGAUCAAUGCCAUUUGACGAUAGCAAUAUAAAUAAAUUACUUAAAGAUCAAAUAGCUAAAAAGUGGAGUUUUCGAUCACGAACUCAAAAAACAGUGUCUCCACUUGGAAAAAAUAUGGUAAUUAAAAUAUUAGAACCAGACAUUACUCUGAGGUUAAAUCUUGAUCGAAUUUUGCGACAUGAAUGGAUGUGUACGAAGAAAGAUAAAUCUUUUAUGUUAUCCAGCUAAUUAUAUAUAUAUACACUUUGGAGCAAAUGUUUUAAUCCAUAAAUUAUGCUAAAAUAAAUUAAAUUACAUCCAACCUUCAUUAUCAGCAUAGAAAAAUAGUACUAUUUGCUCAUUGUUUAAGUUAUUCUAUUUCCUUUUAUUUCUUGUAUAUACCAAUUUAUCUCCUAUCUAGA